GUGAAAGGCCAGAGGAGGCGUAUGUGCUGUAGGACCGUCCCACUGUUUCCCAAUGUUCUGGAGUUUUGGACCACCCGGAGCAGAGAGAACAGUGUGGUCUGGGGCAUCCCACUGUUGUGAUCAUGGCUCCACAGUUAUACAUUUCUCUUCUGACUCUGGUCUUUCUGCGAGCUACGGCUGAACCAGAAUGUAAGAACCUCGUCAAGCCCUUGGUCCUGGACAGCCACAGUCCCAUCUAUGGAAAAUGGGUGCUGCAUGUUGCAUCGUGGGACAAAGAAGAGCUCAAAGAGGAUCUGUUUUCUGUAAAGACGUCUUUGGUUGAACUUUCGGCUCAUUCUGACAAUGAGCAUGUGACCGUUUACUGGGCUGAUCGGAUGAGAAAGGAUGACACCUGCCUCCAGGGUCUGACUAAUGCCACUAUAUCCGGAAUGACAUUUCACACCACAUUUAAUAUUAAUGGCCACACUUCGUACCACGAGGGGAAGUACUAUGAGACUUGUGCUGACUGUCUCUUGUCCGAGGACACCACUCUUCUGCCUGAUGGAAACUCCAAGGGACGCUACCUGUUCCUUUUCACACGUACUGGCAAACUGGAGCCCUCUGAGUUGGAGACCUUUAAGAAGCAGGCAGAGUGUCUGAAAUUCCUCCCCGAGUACUUUUUUGGAACAGAUGAGCUUUGCCCAGAUCAGAGGGAAGCAGAAACUUCUGCAGCAGAGGGCAACGCAGCACCCACACAGGCACCUGCCAAGUGAACCAGUUGUAACAAUGUAGUUUUAUUUCAUUCAUUGUCCAAUCUGCAAUGUAUGUCCAUAAUCUGUCACGCUCUUUACAAAAGACUGAAAAAGUUUCACAUUUGACCUGUUACAUUCUAGUCACAUGUUAGCAACCUUGUGUUGGUAAAUAAAAUACUUUGUCCUUGUUCAAAACA